AUGAGGAGGAGUGAUUCUGAACUCCACUUCAAGUAUGUCCGCAUGUCGCCGUCCGUAUUUGACAAGCUCCUGUCGAAAAUCAAGCCCCACUUGCGGAAACGGUCUCGCCGUGCAGCCCGGUCACGACCAGAGAUGUCUGAUACUUGCAAGUUGGUGGUAACGUUGAAAUAUUUGGCAAGCGGUCAGUCCAUGCAGGAACUGGCCAUAGCGUUCCGGAUGGGACAUUCCAUCGUCCACUAUGUGGUGGUGGAAGUAUGCAACGCCAUAUGGUCUGGAUUAAUGGAGGAGUACCUGAAGUGCCCAUCAACACCUGCGGAGUGGCAUGCUGUGUCUCGUGACUUCGUGAGAUAUUGGCAUUUUCCACACUGCCUGGGUGCCAUCGACGGCAAACACGUCGUGAUACAGGCACCUAACAACUCGGGCAGUGAGUUUUUCAAUUACAAGAACAGUAACUCAAUCGUACUACUUGCAGUUGCAGAUGCCAAGUAUCGAUUCCUGGCUGUGGAUAUUGGCGAAAGCGGACGCCAUAGCGACGGUGGGGUUCUGAGCAAUAGUGUAUUUGGCAAGGCACUGGAAAACGCGAGUCUGGGCGUGCCAGCGCCAGAUCAGUCCGUGCCAGAGUUGGGAGAGUUCCCCUACUGCCUUGUUGGCGAUGAGGCGUUCCCUCUCCGAGGGUAA